AUGUAUCAAUCAAACCAAAAAAGCGCAGAGCAGAAGAAGGUUUACGAACUGCCUGAUCCGCCCACCGAUUCCGUUUCUGCCCUGGAAUUCGCACCGGGAACGAGUUCCUGGAACGCCAUCUUCGCCGGAAGUUGGGAUAAGUCGGUUCGCAUUUGGGAAGUGCAAUCGGAUAAGGUGGAGCCCAAGGUCAUGAAGUCCCUGGAUGGCGUUCCUCUGGAUGCCGCUUGGAACGAUUCGGGCAGUAAGAUAUACCUGGCCGAUACCAACGGCUCCGUGAUCGAGUGGGACUUGGAGUCCAAUCAGCUGAGGAAGGUGGGUGCCCAUGACCAAGGAGCACGCACUUGCCAUUGGGUGGGAUCGUACCUGAUGACUACCUCCUGGGACAAGACCAUUAGGUUCUGGGAUCCGCGCACAUCCUUUGAACUGGCCAAAAAGGAUCUUCCAGAGCGCAGCUUCGCCGCCGAUGUCCUCCAUCCAGUGGCAGUGGUGGCCUGUGCCGAUCAGUCCGUCCUGGCCUUCAGCCUGGAUGGAGGACCCGUGGAGCAGGCGCGACUCAAGUCCCCUGGCCUGGGGAAUCACCAGGUGCGAUCCCUGGCCAUCUUUAAGGCCAAGCAGACGGGUCAAACCAGCUGGUUCCUGGCCAAAACAAACGGCAUGGUGUACGAACAGAGUUUGACCAAGAGAAGCGGCUGUGUGCCCACCAGGUGCCAUCGCUCGGAGGCUUUAAAUGGUUUCCUGGACACCCAUGUGGUGAACGAGGUGAAGAUCAACAGGGUCACGAACAACAUGGUCACCGUGGGAUCCGAUGGGGUGUUCUGCUUUUGGGGCAGCGGGAUGACCGGCAGGUUGAUGCAGAGCCAAGUGCAUGAUCAACCGAUUACCAGGUGCUCCAUCAGCGGCGAUGGUCAGAUCUUCGCCUAUGCCCUGGGCUACGAUUGGAGCAAGGGAUUUGAGCACUUCGAUCCCAACAAGAAGCCACAAAUAUUCCUACGACCCUUUGCGAAUUAG